AUGGCGCAAAGAAAUAACAACAGUGGAAACGAUAAUACUAACAACCAGCCAACAUCAACGUCGGCAUUUGUGCAGUUAAUUGCAUCAUUAUUCGAGCUUUCGAAAGCGGCAAAUGAGGCAUCAAAAGCUGCGGUUGACUUUUUCAACGUUGUGGACGCAAAGCCGCAGUACAGCGCACCGCCUGUUUUUGACCCAAGCUUGCUUGCGCCGCAGCCGCAGCAGCAGAUGACGCAGCAGAUGCAGCAGCAGAUGCAGCAGCUACAGCAACAGAUGCAGCAAAGGCAGCAGGAUGCGCUUGUGGGAUCGGCUGGCGCAGCGGGUGCGGAGCCACAACAAAAGAAAAAGAAGAAAAGAGACCCGAAUGCGCCUAAAAAGCCAUUGACUUCAUUCUUCCUGUACUCGAACUUCAUGCGGGACGUAAUCAUCAAGGAGCGCAUGGAGAACGGGGACGAGUCGCUUUCGCAGCCGCAGAUUGCGCAGGAGACGUCGAAGCGCUGGAAGGCGCUUUCUGCGGAGGAGAAACUCGGAUGGAAGGAGUUGUACGAGGAUCAGAAAAAAAGAUACGAGGCAGAAAUGAAGAAAUACAACUUGGCUAAGGCGACGGGACAACCUUACACCGCUCCGAAGCGCAAAAACGUCAUCCUUGCACCAAACUCGAUCUCGAAGAAGAGAUCGGGCGAGCCGGAGGGAGGCAAGAAGCACAAGAAGAAAAGACAUGAUUAA